AUGAUGGCAGAUGAAAUGAAAAAACGUUUCUAUGAAAGUACCAUUGUACUUAUUGCAAGUAAAGGAAAAAAUAAUCAGUUGUUUACAAAUGAUCAAUAUAUGUCUUUAAUUUUAAAAGUAGAAGAAUCAAAGAACAAGAUUACUAAGAAAACACCAGAAGAUUACCAGCGCUUAGCAAGAUACGAUUUCGUCAAAAUUGGAGCAUCAGAAAAACUAAUUAUUCCGGUGAAAAACGAAGGUGAUCCCAUUAUUUACUAUGCUCACUUAGACGAAACUUUUCAAAUAAUCCACGACUGA